AUGCCAUUUGUUAUAAAAAACUUGCAAAAAUCACACUUGGAGCCGCUGAAAGUGUGUGAACCUCAAGAUGUAAUAGCAUUGUGUAAAAUAGCCUUCGAUUAUUUAUCAAAUGGUCCUCAGGAACAUAUUUAUGAGGCAAUAGGCAAGAAAUACAGCCUGACGCCCCAAGAAGUUCAACAAGCUGUGGAGGCCCUGAUAUCAAUACUCAUUGAAGCAACAAAAUGUAAUGCUGAUAUAAAUAGCGUCAAGAAACCUUUAAUGCAAUUGGAGGGCUAUAAAGAGGAAGUGACCGAUAUUCUAGCACAAUUUGUUACUAGCAAAAAGAAAUUCAUAGAGGGAUCAAUAAAAUCGGCCAAUAUAAGAGCUUAUCGUUUGGUCAAUCUCGAAUGGCGACUUGAAGUCCGGCUGGCAUCUAGAGCGUUGAUGAAACAAAGUCAGGUAUUUGUAACCAUGAAAUUGUAUUUACAUACAGAACCAAAAAAUGAAAAUCGUGAUCUCCUCGAUGAUUCACGCAAUCCCAACGAAGAUAUACAUGAAGAUGAAAAAAGAAAUCGAAAAGAUUUACUCAUACAAACGGAUCUAAGUUCAUUGGUGUAUAUGAUACAAUCAUUGGAGGAGGCCCUUAUGGAAUCUAGAUCACGACGUAUUCGAAAUAUAGUAGCAGCAAUACAUUAA